AUGACUAUGGAUGAAAACGAUGCGGUACAAGAUGUAAAAGUGGUUCUCAUCGGCGAUGCAGCAGCAGGGAAAUCGGCGAUCAUGAAGAAAUUCUUCGACGGAGUCUUCGAUGACGACACCGCUACCACUAUUGGUAUCGAUUUCCGGCAUAUCACUUAUCAGCUGCAAGAUGGAACGAGGAUUCGCCUGCAAGUAUGGGACACCGCUGGACAAGAACGAUUCCGGAAACUCGCUCCAUCAUACAUCAGGGAUGCCCAUGUAAUUCUGAUAGUCUUCGAUCUCACUUCUACGAAUAUUGUUGAACAAAUCGCUCGAUGGACUUUUUUCGCUGAAAAGGAGCGGGAAGAUGGAGCGUUGGUGGUGCUUGUUGGUAGCAAAUGUGAUCUCAGGCAAAGACGACAUAAUAAGUUUAUCAUGGAGCGAAUGAUGGCUGAAUAUAAUGCGCCGUAUGUGGAAACAUCUGCAAAAACAGGAUUUAAUAUUGAUGAGGACUCUACUCAUUGGCUUCACAAUCAAAUUGGCGACCGUCAGGCUGUUGCUCUUAAGAAGUUGAUCUCAGAAGAGUAA